CUUUGGGAAGAUGGAGUGUACUUAGGUCAACAUCAUCGCUGUUUAUCGUCCGCUUGAGGUACCAAAACACCGACAACAGCGGGGCGAAACGGCCAGGGUCUACAUCAGCUGCUGAAAAAGAAGGCUUCAGUCAUGAGCAACAAUAGUACAGCGGCGGCCACGGAUGGCGGCUUCAACAUGACCGAAGAAGUGUACCCGACCUGGCUGCUGCCCACUCCUCCUGACUAUGACUUGGAAGGAUAUCUGCUGGAGUACCUGUUCCCCAAACACUACGAGUGGGCGCUGAUCAUAGCGUACAUUCUCGUCUUCUUACUGGCUCUCAUUGGCAACGGACUCGUUUGCUUCGUGGUGAUCCGAAACAGCCACAUGCGGACGGUGACGAACUAUUUCAUCGCGAACCUGUCUGCAGGGGACCUGCUGGUCACCAUCAUCUGUCUGCCGCCCACCCUGGUGGUGGACAUCAUGGAGACAUGGUUCUUCGGCGAGACUAUGUGCAAGAUCAUACCCUACUUACAGAUGGUGUCUGUGUCUGUUUCCGUCCUGACACUCUGCGCCAUCGCAGUCGAGCGUUGGUACGCCAUCGUCCACCCCCUGAAAUUUAAGAGCACCAACGCGCGCGCUCGCACCAUCAUCUGCCUCAUCUGGGUGGUGUCGCUGAGCAUCAUGACCCCGCUGAUCCCCAUGUACAAGACCAACCGCACGCUGCCUGCGGAGAUAACGGACCUGAUGACAGUGUGUGACGAGCAUUGGCCAGAUCCUAUUUACGGAAAGAUCUACCACGCCGCGAUCGUGAUGGUACUGUUCGGGAUCCCGAUUGUCCUGAUGAUGGUGUCCUACUGUAUGAUCGUUUGGAAGCUGUGGAGCGACCAGGUGCCAGGAAUCUCGAGUUCCACUAGCCUGCGAGCUCCUACUCGCUCCGACGACUCGCAGCGAAUCAAGAUCUCACUCAGCCGAUCAACCUCGGACAACAUCGUGCGGUCGGCGUCAUCUUCGGCGGCGGUCGUGACAGCCUCGUCGUCUUUUCAUUCGGGUACCGGCUCCAUCGCAGACAAGACAGCCGAGAACACUGUGCAGUCCCGUCGGAAGGUGGCCAGGAUGUUAGUUGCAGUGGUGGUUGUUUUCGCCAUCUGCUACAUCCCCCUCAUGAUCCUCACCUUCUUGAAAAGAGUCUACGGGUUCUUCGACAACACCCACGACAGGGAGGGUUUGUAUGCCGCCUUCACGGUGUCCCAUUGGCUCCUGUACCUGAACAGCGCCAUCAACCCGCUCAUCUACAACUUCAUGAGUGAGAAAUUCAGAAGCGAGUUCAAAGCGUCACUGCCCUGCUGUUUUCCGGAGGCUGCUCGGAAGAAGAGGGAGGCGAGAGGCAUGACUGUUGGGAGACCGACAAUAUCCCGGAUGCACACCACAAGGACGACGGGAACCACAGAGCUGCUGAGUCGCUUCGAGUCCACCACCAGAUAUCCGAGUACAUACGAGUUCACCUUUGCCAGGGAUCGCAACGAGUUCGGAUUGAGUCGGUUUGACCCACGACCGUUACCAAAGAGCCCGAUCCUUCCACACGACACCAUGAAACCACGUGACCACAAGGCGCCAUACGACACGAUUCAUCAAGAGACAGACUUAAGAAUGAUCAGUGAGCACACAAGUGAACCGGCAUCUGAACCAAUGGAAAUGUCUUGCAUCGUCACUGCAGUUUGUACAAAUGAUCUUCCAAAACAAGAUGAGUAAUUGUAUCCCAGUCAUCACGUAAAGUAUAUGUAUCUUUUAAAGUGACUUGUAACUUCAUGUGUACAUGUGCUCAUCACAAGGCCACAGUUAUUUGAUUUCAUGUAUAGGAUCCUCUGGAGACCCCAAAAUCAUUGCGAGAGGGCGAAAGAUAAAAAUCCAGCAAACAAACGCUGCUAAAAUAUUAAAACUACAGACAUAUGAAGCUGGUAACACAAAUUGAACCGCAGAACAUGGUGUAUCAAACAAGCAACAAUUGAGUCUUUGUUUGUGUAUUUAAGGUAGGUAGAUGAUGAUAAAGGGCGGUAGGCUGUCUCCUUCUUGUUUCUUCUAAAGUAUAAAGGCCAGGAACACCUGAAUUGCCAAGCAGACGGACCUUCCUUAAUCCACCAUGUAUCUCAACUCCCCUAGCAAUCAUUUCCUUGUUGCAGAAAAACCUAGUGCAAUCCGUUCUUGAUAGGACAUCUGAAAUGAUCUGGGCUACAUACACUGGCUGACGCGAGUCUCUCAUAAAGUUGUCUGAAUGUGGAAUUCCCCAAACCAACAUCCUAUGGACCUCAUACCAAUCGACAAUUUCGAUCCCAGUCGUCUCGUGUACUUCGAUGCUGACCUAGUACUGACACAUUCAUCAGGUUGUGCAGUAGAACGUUUUACGACAGGUCUGCGCAUGCUGAUAUUUUAUGGGCGUUAUGAGUUGGUACAGUUGGAAGAGACGAGGAGGUGAUUUUUAAGAACAGCCGAAAAUUAAUGAACGGGUGAAUGGCAUCCAUAAAUCAAAUCAGUGUGGCUUAGUGAAGUAAUUAAGAAAUUCAAAUGAAUUGUGGAAAGCAUGGGAAGCCUGCUCAAGCAAUGUACUGCUAGCAUAUACUGGAACUGUGAAGUUAGUAUAACAGGAAGUUGUAGUAAGUAGCCUUACAAAUCAUACUGUUUGACUUCAGUAAUGUUCUGUACCAGCACAGAUUGAGGCUACCUAGCUGCCACAGAAAGAGUAUGUGCAGAAUGGGGCUCUCUCCAAGGUAGAAACCUCAGUGGAAAAGACGUCUUGCUAGUUUAUGGACGUUGCUUUAAUUUUUGUCACAGACUGUUGUUAUAUAUCAGGUUGUAUAACACUUUAGGAACAUGGAUGCACUGUCAAGUAAAAGUAACGAGUAACGUAUUCAUUUGAAAACAGGUAUGUGUAACAACUGAUGAAUUUGACAAGGUAAGUGAUAUCAGACCGAUUGUGGUGAUUGAAAUGUUACGUUUGUGUUGAUAUGUCAUUGAUGAUGAUGAACAUUGAGGUCUAGUCUACUAGACCAUGGCAUCAGGUUUUCAUAGUGACAGAUAAUACGGCUCUUGAUAUAAACACUGUUGAAUUUAUAUGGAAUUGAUAACUGUAAAUUGAUAACUCCAGUUCGUAUAGGCUUUUUAAGGCUUUUAAAGUCUUCUCUAUCUACAUGUAUAAAAAUGUAACCACAGAUAAUUGAGGUAGGCAGACUUCCAGUCGCACAUGUACGUACUGACCUUCUUCGGAUGAAGGAUGACGUUAAACCUUAGGGAGCACUAUUUUGUUCCGCACAAAAAUGGGGAUAUGUCAUCUCUUGAUUUCUAGCGACUAAGGAAGGCCUCCCUCACCAAAUAUGUUUUGGAAGUAUAGACAAGAUAGAUGUGAAAAAAAGGGUAUUACUAUUAGGGACAGAGAGAGCUGACCCCUUCUACAGGUAAAUGGCAAAGGUUGUCCUGGGUGUGUGUCCUGAACAGUCUAACCAAUAAACAAAUAAAUACAUCAAUGAACGCAGAGAGAUCUACAAGAUAUCGUACGCAGUGAAAUAGUAUCAUCAGCAUCUACAUUAAGCUGUGCAAGUGUCCUAUCAACCCUCGAUAUUAUUGCGAUGAGUAAUCGUUGUAAAUGAUACUCCGUACAGAGCGGCGAUCCUUUUCGUAUCUUGUCGUGACACCUUUAGCCUGGGUACCAUACCUUCGAGGCGCUCGAGUUGCUCUUCGGCGGUGUAGGGGUGGCCGCCCGUGCAAUCAAUUGCUACAGGCCGAGGGAGUUCUUACGCUGUUAGGUUAAUUUCGUCGCGCCCCGACGCUGGCGGCGUAAACUCCAAAGGCCGGCUACAAGCUCUGGCGGCCAAAUCUGAAAGGGCAGCUAAUCAGACAGGCUGACAGAAGCAGGUCGGUGCCUAAUCACUGGGCCGGGUAAAGCAACCCAAAGCCGACCAGAGGAGAAUGGUACCCAGGCUAUGACACCUUGUGACAGAAUAUUCUAUUGUUCUUGUACAUCCACAUCAGUAUUAUCCCGUUGUUCCAUGUACAAACUUGUCUCCAGGUUGUGGUCGAGUCUCGUUGGUAAUAUUAACUGUGCACAUGAAUUAUAUGUUUUUAAACUAGUUGAUAUCUUUAAAGUUAAUUUCUCGUGUCCUCGUUGGACCUAUGGCGUCCGAGCUCGUGCAGAAUUGAUUUUGUCCUUGAUAUUGUAAGCUUAGUCAUUGUUCUCUAUAUAGCAAUCCCGAAUUGGAUACCCGGUGCAUUGUAUAUGGGUACUGAGAUCAGCUAUGAGCGCUGUAAGACAUACAUCAUCGGAGGCUUGUUUUUUGAAACUCGAAUCAUUCAAAGGGGAACUCAACGGCAGAAGCGGGUGUUCUGGAUAUCAUUUUCUGAAUCUAAGAAAAAUGAUUGUAUCGGUAACUUGGCAUCGGUAUUGGAGUAGGCAACAGUUGCAUUUGAUACACAACUCAAUGAUGGAAAUUCUGAAUCCCUCGAGUGCCCUCCAGAAAAAUUGCAUGUACAAUUGUAUCUCGCGAACAAUUGUAGACAAACUUUAACGUGAGCCAUGUUAAGGAACCCUGGACUGAUCUGGAAAUCAUUGUUGCAAUUUGUUUCUGGAUACAUGUACUUAUUUAUCACUUAAUAACCUUAGUGACUUAAAUUUUCCCGCACACAUUGACGUUGAUCUCGGCGAUCAUCCCAUCGAAAUCCAUGCGCAAGUCUGCAUUAUUUCCAUCGCUUAUGGCUGGGUCAUAAAGAGGGGCACUAUUCAGUUUAUUAGUUACAAAUGGUCCAUUUCUUUGUUAUUAAUCUGUGCAAAGAAAUUACAUUGUACAGACAUUUUCAUUUUCUGUUUAUAGAAAUAUGAUCUCUUAGAAAAUGAUACCUACUUCUGCUGUCAAGUACUCCUUUUCAGAGCUAGUGUAUGCUGUAGAUAUCCAUGCUUAUCUAUAUAUAAUUAACUAUGGCAUUUCUCUAGAGGGUACCAUGACCUAGUACUGACGUGGACAUGUUAUGGACAGUGCCCAGUACUUGACAUUGGUUGUAGGUUGUGACACCAAUAAUCAUUUGAAAUCUUCCAAUGUCUUGGUGGGUUGCAUUGAUGAACGCCACCCUGUGAUCUUUCUCUGAACUGCUGCCAUGAACCAGCUUUGAUAAAAAUUUUCGUUAAAAGUAUCUGUGAUGAUAUUACCGCAUUGCCUUGCCUUGCCAGCCAUAACAUUGCUAGAUGUUGAAUAUAGCAUGCUGUAAAGUAUGUCAUAAACGUUGUAUUUUUGUGACGAUGUAAAAGUA